UUUACUCCAUUGAUUGAUAUUUUGUGUCUUGUGGAGAGGCACUUAACUUAUAUUCAGACCGAAAUAUUUUCAGUUUUUUAGUGAACAGAAACAUGAUAAGGUUAUCUACAAUGAUAAAUACAUUCUUACUGUGAUCUCCGAACAGUUUUAUCACAAUCGUUCGUGACAUGUUUGUACAUUUGGGGCAGGUCGUUGAAUGAAGAACAAGUGAAGAAAAGGUUUAUCAAUCACGUCCAAAAGACAAGCAAAAAAUGCAUUCUUGCCGACCAGCACGACUUAAUAACAGUGGUGAACGUAUAAAGGUACUAGUGAAUAACGCAAAGCGUUUGGUUUGUAAUGAUUCAAGCAUAGGUAAGACAUCUAAAGGGGACGGUAUUCCUGCUGGUAGCACACAAAUACGACAGUCUUCUUGUACAACACAAUCGCGUGGCUUCUUCACAAACCAACCUUCAAGAGAUUUAAAACGAUUUCUCGAAGAGGUUGGAACUGAUCCUAAAGAAGCUCGCUUUUGGCUCAGGCAUUUUCAAGAGUUGGAGAUGACACCUGAUGAACCUUUUGCUGUGGUGGAGGUAGCACCAGCUGUUUUUGAUGAUCAAAAUAUGCUUGAAAGACUUGUCUCUUGUCUGGCAUUUUUACAUCGUAAUGGAAUGGAUUCAGUCCUGGUUCAUGGUAUUGCGCAAUCUGCAGGAGAGACAAAAGUUGGCAUCUUAGACAAGCAAAAACAACAAAAACUGAUAGAUGACAAUAUCAAACUUGUAGACAUGUUGGAAAGUAAUGGAGUCAAAGCACGACCUUUUUUAUGCUCAAGUCAUAUGAUUUCAGCUAAACUCUCUAGUAAUGUGAAUGAAGUGGGGAUAAUUGAGGACGUUGAUACCAAACAUCUGAGGUGGUGUCUAAGUUCUGGCCACAUACCAGUACUAACAGCUGUAGGAGAAACUCAAGAAGGUCAAGUUGUUUACACUGACCCCACACAUACGACUAUCAAGAUAGCCAGUAUACUCAAACCUACUAAGGUCAUAUUUCUAAACACUAGUGGAGGACUUGUCAAUGAAAAUGGAGAGGUGAUAGACUGCAUUAAUGUCCCUGGAGGACUAAACCCUGUUCUACAGCAACCCUGGAUGGACAAGUCCUCUUCGAAUUUAAUAAUGGAGAUAUCACAGCUGCUCCUGAAGAUGCCACGAGCUACCUCAGCAGUAAUAACAAGUGCUGAUAGCCUGAUAAAAGAGCUUUUUACACACUGUGGGUCAGGUACAUUGUUUCAAACCUCAGAACCAAUCAACACCUACCAUUCUCUAGAAGGGGUUGAUGUGGACAAGUUGACACAACUCUUAGUAAGAUCGUUUGACAAGACACUAAAUAAGGAUUAUUUUUUAACACUAAAAGAAAGACUGCAUACAUUAUAUGUCACAGAAAGCUAUACUGCUGCUGCAAUACUGACGACACCUCCAGAAACGUGUGGAAUCCCGUACUUGGAUAAAUUCACCAUCAGUAAAGAGAGUCAAGGCCUGGGAACUAGCGAUAAUUUAUGGAAACAAAUCAAGAAUGAUUGUCCUCGACUUUGCUGGAGAUCAAGAGCAACCAAUCGCAUCAAUCCUUGGUAUUUUGUGAGGUCGAGUGGAAGCUGGCAAAAUGGCGAGUGGAUAAUCUUCUGGUACGGUGUUAGUGAUCCACACAUCACCCAACAGAUAGUCCAGUAUACUAGUAGCCUGCCAUCAUCAUUUGACCCUAUCGCUCCCCAUGACGAAAUUAAAAGCAAGAAAGUAUUUUCUACCAGUUCUUACCACAAGUACUUAUGACUGAGAGCACCUUACGAUUUAAUGGAAAUCGUCCAAUCGAAUGCAUAGCUUUAGAAUAACCCCAAGGGAUUCUCCAUUUUCUAACUUUGAGCUAUUUAUAUAUCAUAUCUAAUCAACCAUAUUUAUAAAUAAUAAAGAUUUUGAAUCUUC